AUGAACGUCGUAUGUACUUCUUGUGGUGGGCCGAUUCCAUCUUCACUAAACUACUAUAAAUGUCGUCAAUGUGUUAAUCAUUUUGUUUGUCAAUCAUGUGAACCAAUGGAUCAUAAUCGAGCAUGUGCUACUUUUCAUACACUUGAUAAGAAACUCGUAUCAAAUGUUCAACCGAAAACUGAUGCUAAUAAUGUAUCAUCGAAAGGGUCUGAUUCGCAGCAAAGCAAAACUGCAACAUCUUCAAAGCCUUCGUCAAUAUUUAAUAGUGAAGAAUAUCUACACAAUACGCUAGGUUAUUGUGGACAAUGUUCCCGUUUGGUCAUUCUGGAUCGAGAGAUAACUUUUCAAUGUAACCAAUGUCCAAAUGGUUUCGGUAUCUGCGCUGAAUGUUUGCCUUUGAUGGACACACACCAUCCUGCGGUGCACACAUUUUCAAAACAGCCAUUGAGUCAUUACACAAACCUUACACAUGAUAUAUAUCAUCUUGAUAUCAUAUGCAAUGGUUGUUCAAGAAAUGGAUUUAAUGGAAAACGCUACCAAUGUGAACAAUGUCCGCCGAGCUAUGAUCUCUGUGAAAACUGUUUCGGAAAGGAACAUACACAUCAUCACCUAAAAUAUAUACAAAAUCCUUUAUUACAUGCUGGUAAUAAACAAGUACUGGGUCUGAGAACUGUGGCAGUAGCUAAGACAAAUGGUGGAGACGAUACAAAUUGGCGCGAUCCAUUAACAGGUUGGACUAAAUCUGAUGCUGAACUAGUUAUUCAACAAGCACAGCAAGGGAUAGACAAUUAUAACAACCGAUUACAACAAAUACGAAAAAUAAAUGAGGAACGUAAAGAAGAAGAAAAUCGACUUGCACGACAACGCCUUGCUGAUGCAGAACGACGUUCAGAAGAUGCAAUUGCUGAUGCGUGGCGUGUAGUAUUACGGCCGAGCAGAUUUACUUACUGA